UAGUAGGUGCAGCAGGUGAGGACCAAUCAGAGGACAGUAGUGAAGCUCCUGGCCAAUCACAGCCAGCGUAAACAAAGAAGAAUCGAUAAUUAAGACCUGACUGGCCGGUCCUCCAUAAUUACAGAUAAAGUGGCGGCGGCGGCGGCGGCGGAUGGAUCACCACAACCUUCCACUAAUAUCCACUAAAUGAGAGACUCCAGAGAGGAGAAGAGCUCCACCAUGCCAGAAACUCCACCAGUGGCACCAGCGGUGGAGAAGACGCCGUGUAAAACAAAAUUCAGCGAGUCUGAAAAAGUAUUAUGUUUCCAUGGACCACUUAUCUAUGAAGCCAAGUGUCUCAAAGUCCAAGUGAAGGAUAAACAGAUCAAAUACUUCAUACAUUAUGCUGGUUGGAACAAAAACUGGGAUGAGUGGGUUCCUGAGAGCCGUGUUCUAAAACUCAGUGAUGCAAACCUCAAUAGACAAAAGGACUUACAAAAAGCCCAUGAAGCAUCCCUAAAAAAUAAGAAAUCUAAGAAAGAAAAAAAGAAACUUCCCAAGGAAGUGGGUAAAGAGGGUGGGCCUGGUGGGGGCAGCAGCAGUGGUGGUGGUGGUGGUGGUGGUGGUAGUGGUGGUGGUGGUGGUGGGUGUGGGAACACCAGUGGUGGUGGUGACGACUCCAGGUCCUCCACUCCCAGCACAGACCGCUCGAGCAGUGGGCCAGGCAAACGUUCGGCAGCUUCUACCCCAACAACACCUGCCUCGGUGAAAGGUGAAGAGUCGGAAAAUAAGAAAAAGCGCUCCAAGUUGGAUAGCACUGUUGACACUGAAGAGCAGUUUAUGACAGCAGUAGAGGUACGGGUGAAACUGCCAGACGAACUUAAACCGGCACUGGUGGACGACUGGGAUCUCAUAAGCCGUCAGCGCAAGCUUGCUGUUAUCCCAGCUCGAGUAACAGUUAACACCAUCCUUGCCGAUUACGUUCGAGCUAAAACAAAUAACAAAAAUAGCACCCCAAACAAAGAGAGUGCAGUUCAAGAAGUUGUUGCUGGUUUGAAGGAAUAUUUUAACGUGAUGCUUGGCACACAGCUACUUUACAAAUUUGAAAGACCACAGUAUGCAGAAGUUUUGCAACAAAAUAAGAACAAACAAGCCAGUGAUAUUUAUGGUUUCAUCCAUCUGAUUAGAUUGUUCGUUCGACUAGGACAAAUGUUGGCUUAUACUCAGCUUGAUGAAAAGAGUGUUACACUUCUAAAUUUCCACUUACAGGACUUCUUAAGAUUUACAGUGAAAAAUAUGGAGACGUAUUACAGUAUCCAAGACUAUGGAGUAGCGCCGCCAGAGUAUCACCGGAAAGUUAUGUAACAAUGUGUGGUGAGGACAAACUUGGUGAUCUGUUAGUGUUAAUUACUAAAUCUUGGUGUUAUGCCAUCUGGACUCUAGAGCUAUAAGUGACUUUUUAAAGUGUACAUGUAUUUAAGAAAAAUGUAUGCUUGUGGAAAGCACCUCUUCUAAAAAUUUAUGAUUGCGGAAGAGCAAUACUAGAAAACACUGCAAGUUGGAAUCAAUCUGUGUACAGUUUUUUAAAAUAAAGAUUGGUAACUAUUGGCAGUCUGGCUGAAGAUUUAGGUCUCUGCUGUUUGUUAAUUGAAAAAGUCUUUGUUUAUAUUUGCAUUCCAUUACUUUCAAUACUUUGUUGUGUAUAUUUUAAAUGAAAGUUUUGGAAAUAAGCUGAACCAAUAAACAAGUGAUAAAUGAUUAUUUAACUUGAAAAUUACUGGAAUAUCUAGAACUUUUUAUAGUGUCAUUACAAUUUUCUUUUCCACACCUACAAACUGAUGAAUGCAGUGUUUGUUUACUGGAAUUUCAGUCUGAUGUAAGUACUUUUUCUUUAAAUAGGCAAAUUGUUGGAAGAAACUUGAGAAGAGAAAGUGCUAGGUAUAACCUCAAGAAUUAGUUAACCUACAACUUUUUGUAACAUAAAUGUAUUCAGUGCAGUUAGAAAUAAGUUAGUGUAUAUGAUGCGAAGACUCAAGGGACUCCAUCCAGAAUUCUAAGUGUUGGCAUUAUGAUUGUUGCUCUGUUUCUUUGCCUGUCAUUUCUUAGCUUUUUUUUUUUUUUUUUUUUAACCCCUAAACGAUCCAAAUGUACAUAUACGUUCUUAUCGCUAGCGCCCCAAACGUAUAUAUACGUUUUAAUUUUUCUGCCUCCAAAUUUGGCACGAUUGGCCUGAGAUGCCUAGUCAGCAUAGAAUGGGUCUUAGCACUCGGUGUGCACCAUAUUAAAAAAAUCUGGGACUGCUUAGUACCUUGUGGGAGCACCAGUUAAAUUGAGUGCCAGCUCGAGCAAACAGUGCAGCAAACACCAAGGAUUCACUGAUGUAAUAUCAUAUUAACACUCCCCUUUUAAGAGGAAAGUGAUGUUAACCCCAAGUUUAGGGUCUGUCUAUCUCUGUCUCUGUCUCUAUCUCUCUUUAUCUGUCUCACAGGUACACACACAUACAAUUAUACUUCUUCCUUCUUCCUCCUCCUCCUCCUUCUUCUAUACUCCCAUGUAUCCAAAACAUUGCUGGGACCUAUAAAUACUUGUGUAUAUUCCUAGGCAAUAGUAAAUGACUGUCAAUGUGUUUGUGACAAUCUGAGUACAAUUUCAGUACCUAAUAUUAGCCCUUUCAGGGUCCGUCCCGUAGAUCUACGGCUUUACGUUCAGUGUCCAAACCGUAGAUCUACGUCAUGAGCUCAGCUCACUCUGAUAAACUGUGAGUGGUAAAUUUGGGCCUAGAUAUGUGAGAAUACAACUAUGUGGUAUGUGUGCACCACAUAAAACAAAUCCUGCAGCACACUGUGUAUAAUGAGAUAAAAAAAAACUGAGACCGUGAUUUUCGAUUAAAACAGCGAAUUUGUAGUGUUUUUUCGUAUGUUUUUUAUAGUUGUAUUUGUGAUUUCUUGGUCUCAUUUGAUAGAAUGGAAGAAAUAUUACAGAAAUAGAGAUAAUUUUGAUUGGUUUUAGCACUGGAAAUGGCUUGAAACUGAGCUCAAAGUGGCGGAAAUGUUAAAUUUUUGCCGAUGUUCAAGAGUAAACAAACGACCUCACACGUCUAAUACACGUCAGCUGGUGGGUCUAAUAUACAUUCACAAAUAUGGUGAUGAUAUUUAUACAAUUAUUACAAUAUUGCAUAACAAUAAAUCUUCUAUUUUUGGUGUGAAUAAAAAUUCAUUAUGUGAAUAAAAAAUCAAAAUGGAAUUCAUUUGUAAAGCUUCAAAACAUAACUAAUGAACAGAGGAAAUGGUAGUUUAGUGCCAGGAAUACCUACAUUGUUUAUUCUGGACCCUAUUUUGAAAUUGGAAUAUUUUGAACUUUGUGUUAAAUUGGCCAAAUCACCAAUUUCCGGUCACUUUAUUUUGUAGUUGAAACAGUUGACUUGGCGAUUUCUUGUGCUCAAUCGAUAGAAUAGAAGUAAUACUAGUGAAAUAGCUAAGAACUUGGUCGACUGGAAUAAUGUAAUUGACCUAAAAUGGGAGUCAAAGUCGGCAAAAUCGCCGAUUCGUAAAUAUCGCUGACACAUCAAAAUUCACGAGAGCAUAAUUUCGUCAAUUUUCCAUCAAAUUUCAUACUUUUUGUUUUAUUACAUUCACAAAAAGAUUCUCUAUCAUUUCAUAAGAAAAAAUAAAAAUUUUUUUUUUUUUGAAAAUUCUUGGACACUGGGGCACCACUUCAGAUUUUGGCCUUGGACUCUGAAAGGGUUAGUGCCAGAACAAAAAUUGGUUAUGAAAUGCCAAGAACUGCAAUAAAUUGUCAUUAUCAGAACAUAAAAAUUUUAUAAAAUAAUAUAGAAAUGAGAAAAAAAAGGCAUAUCGGCAACACUUUCUCAAGUGGCAGGGCUCAUUGUUGCCGUCAGGUGAGCAUUAAGUGCCAACUUUGCAGCCUCAUAUCUCAGUAAAUACUGACCCUAAUUUUUUUAUUUUAAUCCUGUAACACUUAGAAAAUUUUUCUCUAUUUCAAUGAAAGAAACAAUUUUUUUAUUUUUCAAAAUAUUCGGGGCACUGAGGAAGAGAACGUAUAUAUAUGUUUGGACCGUUUAGGGGUUAAACACUGAGAGUUAACAGUACUGCUGAUAUGAAUUUACUUUUGGCGGGUUUCAAGAAGUUAUUUUUUGAGAGGCGUAUACUUGCAUUAUAUGUAUAUAAAUAUAAAAUAUAUAUGACAGAGAAACCCAGAAAAUAAGUGACACUAUAUUUUGGCCCUCUUCAGCAUAAUGAAAUACAAGGGCUGAAGCUUGUAUACAAAGGCAGGUCACAUAACUAAGUCAGAUGCAGGAACAAGUGGCUUACAGGCAUGAGUAUUAUAGUAUCUGAUUUCCAUUGGUCUUUUGAACUGUUGAAAUUGGGUCACAAUGCAAUCAUAGCCAACUUGAGCAUAUUGGUUUCAUAUGUAUAAUUGGCUCAACAUAAUAGAAACAGCCAAAUUAAUAUUAUAGUUAUGAUUCUAUACCAUGCUGAGAACUAUAUUCAUAAUAACUAGAUAGAGAACAAAUUAUAUUUAUAAAUAGAAGAUUCUUGAAGUAACUAUAAUUGCAUCACAUUCCAAUUUCAACAACUAUGAGGGAAAAUCUGAUGCUAUAAUUACCUGUAUCCUUGAGUUAUUUGCUCCUUCACAUUCCUUAAGGCAUAUAACCUGCCAUUGUAUAUUACCUUCAUUCCUUGUACACUUUUUAAUCAUCUGAAGAUAGUCUCUGUGUUGGGCUGAAAUGUGCAGUACUUGUCUCAUGUUGUGUUUUUACUGUGUUCAGUUGUGAUAUUGACUGGUGUUUAUUACAAGUUAUAAGCAUUUUCCUUUUAUUCAUUACAUUCUCAAGAAAUUGGUGAAGAAAAUCAGCAAUAGGUUCCUUAUUUAUAAUAUUUGAUGAGGAUGUAUAAAUGCAUUUCAAUCAACAUAGAUUUGAUCAAGAUUCAGAUUUCUUAUUUAUUUACUUAAGAAAAUUGUUGCAUGCAAAUUAAUGGUUGAAAAAAUAGAGACAGAAAGGAUAAUAAAAGUAAGUGCUGAGUAUAACUGAAGGAAGGUUCAACACCUGUAAGCUAGAUACAUUUGUUAAUAAAAUCUGUGGAAGUUUUAAAUUAUGGUAACACACGAAAUCACUUUUGACUUGAUCUAACUUGAUAAUAUUCCCAAGUCAGACCCAUAGGCCAUAAGCCAUAGCACUUGUCUGCUUUGAGACAACAUGAAACUUAAUUCAGAAAUUCUUAAGGUCAAAGAUAACUGCAGAGUUUUGCCCUUCUAUUAACAAAAAAGGAAUUAGUAUUGUAAAAUCUUUGAACCAAGCCAGAAUUUUACAUCAAAGUUAGUGAUCAUUUGCUCACAGUUCUAGGAAUCCAUUGAGCUGUAUAGUCCUUGUGGCUUAGCGCUUCUUUUUGAUUAUAAUAAUAAUAGGAAUCCAUUUAAAUAUGAAUAAAAAACAAAUGUUAUUACUUCUACCUUGGUAAAAAGCUUACUAGUGUCAUUUGCUUAACCUAACAAUUUCUCGCAAAACACGACUGAUUUUUUUUUUUUUUUUUUUUCCUCCUCAUACACACUCCACCCCACCCCCACCCUGCCCAUCACCCUACCCCCCACACUUCCUGCAAACCCCUUCAGCCACAUAUAGGUGAGUACAUUCAUUAAUUUAUAUAUUUUUAACUCCAUGUUUAUCUCCUGCCGAGACGGGGUUACACAGAAGAAAAGACAUCCAUCACAGUUUAUUCAGUUGCCAUCUUUCCAAAAGUUAGCUGAAAUCACAGUCAGAUUACCCUCUGUUUACAACAUCACCCCUCUAGUGUGCAGGUGCUGCUUUAACCACCUCCAGAACUCAUAUUUGGCUAAUUGGUUUCUCUGAAUCCCUUUAUAAAAGCUACCUUGCUUAUACUCCAGCACUUCCAUUAAAAACCAGUUAUCUCCUUGAUGCUCAAGCCCUUAAUUUCAGUUUCUUUUUUUCCUAUGAUGACCCCCCUAUCCCUCCCACCCCAAAUUUAUGCACCUUCUUCAUUAACCUCUCUACAUGUCCAAACAUCCCCUCCUCAGCCCUCUGCAUGAUAGUCAUACCAUACAUUGCUCUCAAACAUGAGGUCCCCACUGUCUCUGGCCUCCUUGCUGCAGCAUUCAAAACCCAUGCCUUGCGCUCAUAUGAAAGUGUUAGGAGUGAGUGGAGGCAAAUGGUUUUUGGGACCUGACGAGCAGGGAAACUGGUUAGCUGGGCUUGAGUCCUGGAGGUGGAAAGCACAUUGCCUGCACUUGAAAGGAGGGGUUUGGGAUAUUUGCUAUUUGGAGCAACAUAUGAACUGUCGUAUCUGCUCGCUCCUCUUCAAAGACAGUGAUUGUGUGUGAAUGAUGGUGAAAGUAUUUUUCUUUUUUGGAUUACCCUGUCUUGGUGGGAGAUGACCAGUGUGUUGAAAAAUAUAUGUAUGUAUAUAAAUAAAAUGUAUUGGAUCUACAUGUCCAAUUACUGUACCUCUUAGAGGGUGGCAAGGCCAACUAGUGUGUAUAACGGGUUUAUUGGAGAUCAUUUUUGAAGCAUUAAAUGUCUGAAUGAAAGGAUCCAUAGCCAAAUUGUGUAGAGACAUAUCCUUGUCCCUCGCUAUAUUACUUAUACGAUAGUUCAAUUAUACUAGGGACAUUUUUUUUUAACCAGCAAUACUUACAAAUUCUGAAAAUUAACAAUUUCCUCACUGCAGUGCAAAACUCUUAUUAUAUUUUAAGAGGGUAGUACUGUAUAUCUGAAUUUAGAAAUUUUCCAGAAUACAAGCAUUUGUGUUUGUAAAUAUAUAAGUAUCAAGUUUGUGUACCUUAUCAGGGACAAAAGCUAUUAGUUGGCCUGUUUGUUUCCUUGUCAGUGUCAAGACUGUCCAUGCGAUCACCCAUCCUGUUACUGGCCAAUCAUAAUGGUGCUUUACAUGACUGAUUUGAGUGUUAUUUUCAUCCACAUUUUAAUUACUAGGUACAAAUAAAGGGAGGGGGAGAGUUUAUUAUGGAUAUUGGGCAUUAUAUGUGGCUUUAAUACUAUAUUUCUUUUACUGGUUAACAAUGAAAGAUGAGAAGUGAUGUGAGACAGAAAGUAUCAACAUGAGAUAAAGUAGUGAAGUGAGGGAAAUUAGUCAUGAAAUACUGUCAUGUUUGGGUCAAGAGUGCUCUUGUCUAGUUGUGGUUUUACUGAGGGAUUCAUUUCCUUGAAUCUUCUAUCUCACACAUGUAAGAUGACUUAUUUUUUAAGAAAUUUUCUACAGUAUUGUUUUAUAGAACAUGAAACUUGGAAAACUCAAUAAAAAGAAUAUACAAACA